GCGCUAAUCAUUAUACUUCAUUCAGCGGCGUCUAAUCGUCGUAGCUCACUGACCGCGUUCAUCUCGUUAAGCUGGUCGAAGUGCUCGACCUCACUCACAUGCAAUGAAACAAGCUCUUUCUCUCCUCAUAUUCUCAUUAUAUGGACUCUUAGCAUCUGCAACAGAUGUAUAUCUACAUCCCGUCCCUGCAUCGCUGACAAGUUCAUCAGAACUAUCCUCGCAGGAAGCGAACCAACUGCUUGCGCAGUACCUUGGGCUUGAACGCUUUCAAUGGCUUCAAGGUGAAGGUCUGACAGAGAAUUUGGAGGCGUAUACCCAGAGUGAGGGUGGGUUUGUUGGAAAAGGGUUGGACAAUGCCGUUGUGCUUAGCAUCAGUGAAGAAGAGAUCCCAGACAUUGUACCGCCAGAACUUACGAGGACACUUUCUGUGGAUGUCGCACCAUUGACUCUGUUGCCGCAAUAUGUCCAACAAGCGGAAUCCAUUUACACCGAAGUGUCACGUUCACCCUCUCUUUCGCAUACCUACUCUCCAUCAUCACAGCCUGAGAAACCGCAACGACUCCUUGACAUCUUCUCCCUUCCUGCUACCGCCGAGUCGGCUACCUUCCUAGCAGACCUUUCAUCUCUCGUCGACUUCACCAAUGACCUCGACGACUCAGACUCUCAUUUCGGCGCCUUCGACCUCUCUCGAAGCCUGAAUAACCUCACAAAGAGCGUCGGCCGGGAUUCAGAAGCGUACAAUAUGGCGACCAAUGUCAUCAAAGCGACUCUCAGCAAGGCUAUAUCCGAACCUAACCUCAGGCUCGUCCUCUUCUCCGUCCCCAAGUCUCAACUUCUUCCAAGACGCGCCACCGGGCAUUCUCGUUCAAAGCGUCAACAACCCCCACAAUCACCCUUCCCACCACCUCUUCCUCACCCGGCCGAACCCAUUGGAGCCAUCUCCACUUGCUACAACUCCGAAGCCACAUGUACGAACGCGACCUCUAGUUGCAGCGGCCACGGUUCCUGCAUCAGUGCCAGCAAAGCAGGCAAAACUUGUUUCGUGUGUGCAUGUGAAGUGACUACGAUCGAAACUGGCAAAGGCAAGGGUACGAAUGCGAAGAAGACCAUUAGGUGGGCUGGGGAUAAGUGUGAGAGAAAGGACGUCAGUGGGGACUUUGUUCUGAUUGUGGGUACGGUCGUUGGGCUGAUUGUGAUGAUUGUUGGGAGCGUGGCUUUGUUGGCUGGUGUUGGAAGUGUGGAGUUGCCGAGCGUGCUUACGGGAGGUGUCGUUGCUGGGUCGAAGAGAGAUUGAAUGGUCGCCUUUGGGAUUCGUACGGACAAGGUCUUGGACUUUUCCGUUACCUUUGCGUACUUUUCAGUUCACUAUUGAUUAUCACCGCAAGCUGCAUGCGUUAAGUAUAUUUGUCCACUCUUCGACCUAACUCAGCCCAGCUUGGGAAAUGUCAGACGCUCGCUCGACUCCUUUCGCUUUGACUACCAUCUGAGUUUUGAACUCGUCUCAAAACACUGCCCUGUUGGCCCCUGUAUACCAGCCGUGAUUCGACACAAAUCCUGUGCGAAACUAUGAAGCCUCUUUCCUAACUUGCGGCUGUUUGUGGACCGGUAUUAAAUUAGGCCACAUCAG